GGCGGGCCCGGAGGAAGUGCGCCUAGCGCAAGGCAUUCUGGAUCCGGAAGUGGGGCGCACGCUGCGGGUUGGCAAUCAUGGCAGCGGCGCGGGGCAGCAAGCGGCGCCUGGCCGAGCUGACGGUGGACGAGUUCCUGGCCUCAGGCUUUGAUUCCGAGUCUGAAUCCGAGCCCGAAGGGGCCCCCGAGGCGGGGACGCGGGCGGCUCCCGGCAGCGCGCGGAGCACGGUCGGGCCAGGAGGGAACACCUCGGCCAGCUGUCGUAAAGGCCGCGCAUCAGAGCACAAGGACCAGCUUUCUCGGCUGAAGGACAGAGACCCUGAGUUCUACAAGUUCCUGCAGGAGAACGACCAGAGCCUGCUGGACUUCAGUGACUCGGACAGCUCCGAGGAUGAGCAGGAGCAGUGCCACUCCCUGCCCAGCACGCUGGAAGAAGCAAGUGAGGAGGAAGACGACGACCAGGAUGGUGUCUCCAGGGGCCAGACGGGGAAGAGGAGGGCUUCCGCGCCCGUGACCCUCGCCAUGGUUGAGAGGUGGAAGCAGGCGGCAAAACAGCACCCCACUCUGAAGCUGUUUCACGAAGUCGUGCAGGCCUUCCGAGCAGCCGUGGCCACCACCCGAGGAGACCAGGAAGGUGCCGAGGCCAGCAAAUUCCAGGUCACGGACAGUGCCGUGUUCAAUGCUCUUGUCACCUUCUGCGUCAGAGACCUCUUUGGCUGCCUCCACAAGCUGCUAUUUGGAAGCGCCCCAAAAGACAGUAGCAGGGCGCUGCCGCCGUCCAGCAGCCCGCUGUGGGGGAAGCUCCGGCAAGAUGUCAAGGCUUACCUGAGCUCGGUCAUACAGCUGGUGGCCUGUGUGGCGGAGGCGACAGUGGCGGCAGCCCUCCUUCAGCACGUGGGCAGCGCUGUGCCCUACUUCCUGACCUUCCCCAAGCAGUGCCGCAUGCUGCUCAAGAGGAUGGUGGCCCUGUGGAGCACGGGUGAGGAGUCACUUCGGGUGCUGGCCUUCCUGGUCCUCGUCAGAGUCUGCCGGCACAAGAAGGAUGCCUUCCUGAGCCCUGUUCUCAAGCAAAUGUACGUCACAUACGUGAGGAACUGCAAGUUCACCUCCCCCAGCGCCCUGCCCCUCAUCAGCUUCAUGCAGCGGACCCUGACUGAGCUGCUGGCCCUGGACACCAGCGUCGCCUACCAGCAUGCCUUCCUCUACAUCCGCCAGCUUGCCAUCCACCUGCGCAAUGCCAUGACCACUCGCAAGAAGGAGACCUACCAGUCGGUGUACAACUGGCAGUUCGUGCAUUGCCUCCACCUGUGGUGCCGCGUGCUCAGCACUAUCUGCCCCAGCGGAGCCCUCCGGCCCUUGAUCUACCCCCUCUCCCAAGUUGUCAUCGGCUGCAUCAAGCUGGUCCCCACCGCACGCUUCUACCCGCUGCGCAUGCACUGCGUGCGCGCCCUGACCCUGCUCUCGGAGAGCACCGGCGCCUUCGUCCCCGUGCUGCCCUUCAUCCUGGAGGUUUUCCAGCAGGUUGACUUCAACAGGAGGCCGGGACGCAUGAGCUCCAAGCCCAUCAACUUCGCAGUGAUCCUGAAGCUUUCCAAGGUCAACCUGCAGGAGAAGGCUUACCGGGAUGGCCUGGUGGAGCAGCUGUAUGACCUCACCCUGGAGUACCUGCACAGCCAGGCCCACAGCAUCGCAUUCCCCGAGCUGGCCCUCCCCGCCGUCCUGCAGCUGAAAUCCUUCCUCCGGGAGUGCAAGGUGGCCAACUACUGCCGGCAGGUGCGCCAGCUGCUGGAGAAGGUGCAGGACAAUGCGGACUACAUCUGCAGCCACCGCCAGAGGGCCUCCUUCGGCGUGUCCAGCCUGCAGGCCGUGGAUUCCUGGGAGAAGCAGACCCGAGAGCAGGGGACUCCGCUCACCAAGUACUACAGCCAGUGGCGGAAGCUGAGGGACCGGGAGAUCCAGCUAGAGAUCAGUGGCAAAGAACGGCUGGAAGACGUGGACUUCCCAGAAAUAAAGCGGCGGAAGCUGGGAGAGAGGAAGGACGAGGACAGGGUGGAGUUCAAGGACCUCUUUGAUCUGGACAGUGAUGAGGAUGACGCCGGGGACCUCUCAGAGAGAGGUACACCUGGGUCCCCUGGAACUCCGCAGAGGGAGGAGAAUGAGGAUGGCAGCAGUGAAGGCCAAGAAGAAGGCAGUGACUCAGAGGAUGGAAGCCUGGACACAGAGGUGGGACUGGCCCCCCUAGAGCUGUGGCAGCUGGCGCAGGGGCCUGAGGACGAGCUGCAGGAUCUACAGCUCUCGGAGGAGGACUGAGCCUGCUCCUGGCCUGCAGGGCAGCCUGCUGUGUUCCCACCCUGCCAGCCACUGGCCACAGGCCUGCAGCUUCCUGGCUGGCACUGAGCCCAGAGCCCCCGAGGUCGGCACCCACGCAGGGGGAAGGACAGGUGGUGGACGGGGCUUUUAUUUUUACAACAUAAAUGACCAGAAAUUA